AUGGCUAGUGAUCAUCCUUCUGGAAGGGAUCUUACUGCUGAAGAAUGGGAGUCUUUUCAGUUCCGAUUUGGGCUUAUCUCCGAACAAGGGGUUCAAAUUCCUCUUCCUGAUGCAUCACUCUAUAGUCCUCCAGAUGGCAAGGUCGGCAUUCUGAUUGCCUUAUCUGAGGCAGGCCUGCGUUUGCCUACUAUAGACUUCUUCAACCUGAUCAUCUGUGAAUAUGGGUUUUUUGUGAGGGAGCUGACCCCAAUUGCCAUAUUGGGUUUUGAACUCCUCUGUCGUGCCCUAGGCCGCCAGCCAACUGUCCCGACGUUCAAGAAUUCUUUCAAUGCUUCCACCCAGUCUGGGACCUGGACCCUAUCUUGCAGGACAAAGGCAUAUGUUGACCACAUUCCAACACUUUUUGGUGCUAACAAGGAACUGGCUGAUGUCCUAGAGAAGAUUAACAUCAAUGGUAAGCAAGGUGCAUUAAGAUCAGUGUUUCAGUUAACCGCUGCUGUUUUCGUUUUGUUGCCGGGUGUGGAGGAGGUUAUUUCCUUGGAGAAAGCUCUUCAAGGUUUAUUUGACGGUGAUCUUCAGUGUCGUGACGUCGACCUUAUAUAG